AUGGCCUCAUCUUCAUUCUCUUCUUCAGUCACAUCUCCAUGGCAAUACGAUGUCUUCUUGAGUUUUAGAGGAGAAGAUACCCGUGAUAGUUUUACUCCCCAACUAAACCAUGCUUUGAUGGAAAAGGGAAUUCGUACCUUCAUAGAUGAGGAUGAAGUUAAAAGGGGUGAUCAUGAGAUUUCACCUACACUUCUCCAAGCCAUAGAAGAUUCAAGGAUUUCCAUAGUUGUACUCUCAAAAAAUUAUGCAUCGUCAACAUGUUGCUUGGAUGAGUUAUUGAAGAUUAUUGAGUGUAAAAAAGCAAAGCAACAACUAGUUGUACCUGUGUUUUACCACAUGUGGAAGGCAGCCCUACCAGAAGUUGCUAAUUUCUCCGGAUAUCGUAGAAAUGGGAACGAAUCUAAAUUCAUUGAAGGAAUCGUUCAAGACAUCUCAAGAUUUAUAGGAAGUCAUUCAUAUUUACUUGUUGCAAAGUAUCCGGUUGGCUUAGACUCCCAGUUACAGGAUAUCAUGAAUUUGCAUUUAAGUGUUGGGACAAAUGACAUACGAAUGGUAGGGAUCUUAGGACUUGGUGGAAUUGGUAAGACAACUCUAGCCAAAGCAAUUUCGAACUCAAUUGCUUUCCGAUUUGAAGCUAGUUGUUUUCUUGGAAAUGUAUGUGACACUUCGAAUCAAGUGCAUGGUUUGGUUCAAUUGCAGGAGACCCUUCUUUCUAAGAUCUUUAAAGAUUGUAGAAGUUUGAAGAUUGAUAGUAUUGAUACGGGAAUCAUUACAAUGAAGCGCAUGCUUUGUUCUAAAAGAGUUCUUUUAAUUCUUGAUGGUGUAGACCACUUGACCCAAUUAGAAACAUUAGUAGGAGCUUGUGAUUGGGAACAUAUAGAAUUGAAGCAAUUGUUGCAGAUUUUCCUGAUGGUGCCUGAUAUCAUCCGCUUGAGUCCCAAGGCCUUCAAGAAUAUGAAAAGACUCAGAUUAUUUAGAUGCUGCAAUGCACACUUUUCUAAAAAAAUUAAUUGUCUACCUAAUGGAUUAAGAGUGCUUGAUUGGCCUAAUUGUCUUUUACAAUCUAUGCCAUCUAAAUUUCGUGGAGACGAACUUGUUAUUCUACGAAUGCCCGGUAGUCACAUCCAGGAGAUACGCUUCGAAUCUAAGAAUCUCAUGGUUAUGAAUUUCCGUGGUUGUGAAUUCUUAAAGAAAAUCUCGGAUAUUUCAAAGUGCUCAAAUUUGCAACAAAUGGAUUUUAAAGACUGUAAAAAUCUAGUCAAAGUUCAUAAAUCUGUUGCAUUACUUGAUAAGCUUGGUAGGUUGAAUCUUAGUGGAUGUAACAACCUAAAGAGCUUUCCAAGGGGACUGCUGUUGAGAUCUCUGCAAUUCCUUGAUGUCCAUGUGGAUGCACCCGUUGAAGAUAUUGGAAAUUUAGCAAAUCCAAUGGAUCAUGGAAGUCAACUUUCUAAGAGGCGUCGUGCUGAUUAUGACAACGACCAAGAUGAUCACAACAUUGAAUCCAACUUGUUGACUUCACAUUUUUUUCAAACUCAAACGUCUCAAUAUUAG